AUGUCUAACAGUAACACUACUCAAGAGACCCUGGAAAUAAUGAAAGAAUCAGAAAAAAAACUGGUGGAAGAAUCUGUAAGCAAAAACAAGUUUAUAUCUAAGGCUCCGAGUAAGGAAGAAAUUGAGAAAGAAGGUGAAGAUACUAAUUUACGCCAGGAAACACAGAGGCGGACAUCCAACCAUGGUCAUGCCAGGAAACGAGCCAAGUCUAACUCCAAGCUGAAGUUGGUACGCAGCCUGGCAGUAUGUGAGGAGUCCUCUGCCCCGUUUGUUGAAGGGCCACUAGAAAGCCAGGAUAUAAUUCAAUUGCAUAUCAGUUGCCCCUCUGACAAGGAAGAGGAAAAGUCUACAAAAGAUGUCUCUGAAAAGGAAGACAAGGACAAAAAUAAAGAAAAGAUCCCAAGGAAGAUGCUGUCCAGAGACUCCAGCCAAGAGUAUACGGACUCCACUGGAAUAGACCUACAUGAAUUUCUUGUAAAUACACUGAAAAAGAACCCAAGGGACAGAAUGAUGCUGCUAAAAUUAGAACAGGAGAUUCUGGACUUUAUUAAUGACAACAAUAACCAGUUCAAGAAGUUCCCUCAGAUGACCUCAUAUCACCGGAUGCUAUUACAUCGGGUAGCUGCCUAUUUUGGGAUGGACCACAACGUUGAUCAAACUGGAAAAGCUGUCAUCAUCAACAAAACCAGUAACACAAGAAUUCCUGAACAGAGAUUCUCAGAACAUAUAAAGGAUGAGAAGAAUACAGAAUUUCAACAGAGAUUCAUUCUCAAGAGAGAUGAUGCCAGUAUGGAUCGAGAUGAUAACCAGACUGGCCAGAACGGAUAUCUAAAUGACAUCAGACUCUCCAAAGAAGCCUUUUCUUCUAGUUCUCACAAGAGAAGGCAGAUUUUUAGGGGGAACCGUGAGGGGCUGAGCCACACCUCAAGUAGUCGCCAGAGCAGCACAGACAGCGAACUCAAAUCCCUGGAGCCACGGCCCUGGAGCAGCACAGACUCUGAUGGCUCUGUCCGGAGCAUGCGACCCCCUGUCACCAAAGCCAGCAGCUUCAGUGGAAUUUCUAUCCUCACCCGGGGUGACAGCCUUGGCAGCAGUAAAGGUGGCAGUGCAGGAAGGAUCUCCAGGCCAGGUAUGGCACUAGGUGCCCCAGAAGUGUGCAACCAGGUCACCUCAUCCCAGUCUGUCCGGGGCCUUCUCCCUUGUACUGCCCAACAGCAGCAGCAACAGCUUCCUACUCUCCCACCCACGCCUCAGCAACAGCCGCCUUUGAAUAACCACAUGAUCUCACAGGCAGAUGACCUCAGCAACCCCUUUGGACAAAUGAGCCUUAGCCGGCAAGGUUCUACUGAAGCAGCUGACCCAUCUUCAGCUCUGUUCCAGCCUCCACUUCUCUCCCAGCACCCUCAGCAGACUAGCUUCAUCAUGGCUUCCACAGGACAGCCCCUCGCCACUUCCAACUAUUCCACCUCUAGCCAUGCACCGCCUACUCAGCAAGUUCUGCCACCCCAGGGCUACAUGCAGCCCCCUCAACCGAUCCAGGUCUCUUACUAUCCCCCUGGACAGUAUCCUAACUCUAACCAGCAAUAUCGACCUCUCUCUCACUCGGUGGCCUACAGCCCCCAGCGUGGUCAACAGCUGCCCCAGCCAUCCCAGCAGUCUGGUUUGCAGCCCAUGAUGCCUAACCAGCAGCAGACGGCUUACCAAGGCAUAAUUGGGGUCCAGCAGCCACAGAACCAGGGCCUGCUCAGCAACCAGAGGAGCAGCAUUGGGGGCCAAAUGCAAGGCCUGGUGGUUCAGUACACUCCACUGCCUUCUUAUCAAGUCCCAGUGGGCAAUGACUCGCAAAAUGUGGUCCAGCCGCCUUUCCAGCAACCCAUGCUGGUCCCUGUGAGCCAAUCUGUGCAAGGGGGCCUACCAACAGGGGGUGUGCCAGUGUACUACAGCAUGAUCCCACCUGCUCAGCAGAAUGGUACGAGCCCUUCUGUGGGGUUUCUGCAGCCUCCUGGCUCUGAGCAGUACCAGAUGCCUCAGUCUCCCUCUCCCUGCAGCCCACCGCAGAUGCCACAGCAGUACUCAGGAGUGUCACCUUCUGGACCAGGCGUGGUGGUCAUGCAGCUUAAUGUCCCUAAUGGACCCCAAGCCCCCCAGAACCCAUCCAUGGUCCAGUGGAGUCACUGUAAAUAUUACAGUGUGGACCAACGGGGACAGAAGCCUGGAGACCUGUACAAUCCUGAAAGUAACCCCCAGGCCAACACCCAGAUAAGCAGCAGCCCUGUCCCAUCUCCUACCCAGUCCCCAGCACCCUCUCCUGUCACCAGCCUCAGCAGCGUCUGCACAGGACUCAGUCCCCUGCCCGUCCUCACACAGUUCCCCCGACCUGGGGGUGCAGCACAGGGCGAUGGGCGCUACUCCCUAUUGGGCCAGCCAUUACAAUACAGUCUGUCCAUCUGCCCUCCCUUGCUUCAUGGCCAGUCGACUUACACAGUGCAUCAGGGACAGAGUGGAUUGAAGCAUGGAAACCGGGGUAAGAGACAAGCACUCAAAUCUGCCUCUACUGACUUGGGGACUGCAGAUGUUGUCCUGGGGCGGGUGCUGGAGGUGACAGAUCUCCCUGAAGGCAUCACCCGUACCGAAGCUGACAAACUCUUCACUCAGCUUGCCAUGUCCGGAGCCAAGAUCCAGUGGCUCAAGGAUGCUCAGGGGCUGCCCGGUGGGGGCGGGGGGGACAACAGUGGGACUGCUGAGAACGGCCGCCACGCAGACCUCGCUGCCUUGUACACCAUCGUGGCCGUAUUCCCCAGCCCCCUGGCUGCCCAGAAUGCCUCCCUUCGCCUCAACAACUCUGUGAGUCGCUUCAAACUUCGAGUGGCCAAAAAGAACUAUGACCUGAGGAUCCUGGAGCGAGCCAGCUCCCAAUGAGCGAAGGAGGGAAAGGAACAGCAUAGAAGGGGUGGGGACAGGGU